CUCUGAUCCUCUCCACACAGAACCAGUGUGGCGCACAGACAGGCGGCAGCCCUCAGAAAGUGGGAAGUUUUCGCCAUUCUGUCUAAAAAUUAAUCACCUUCAUGUCGACUCUGUUGGAUACUAACCCGCCGAUGCUAUGGUUACCUUUAUUACGAUCUUACAGGUGAAUCUAGUGAUGUCCAUCCUGUUGUAUGUGAUGGUCCUAGUGUACCUCUAUGGUAUCCAGGCAACCAACAUGGACAGCAGUCGCCAGGGGCAACAGCAGCAGCAGCAGUCAAGUCCCGACCCUUUAAACUCUCUUAUCAUCCAGCUGCUUCAGGCUGACCUCACGAGGGGGAAGACCAGGGGGAACCAGAGCCAACAGGAUAAAAGCAGGGACACGGAACCCCAGGACACGCUGCCCCCGCUCCUCAGCGCAAACUUUCCCUUAGAUGACCAGGGCGAUGCGGAGCAGUGGGGGACGGGGGGCCGCAGCGGCGGGAGCAGCGAGGGCGUGGCGGACCAGCAGGUGAUGAUGCUGGACACGGACCUACUCAGGCAGCACAAGCGGUUCAACUCGCCUCGGGUACUGCUGAGCGACAGGCCGCCGCUGCAGCCGCCGCCGCUGUACCUCGCGGACGAUUUCGUGAGCAGCGGGCCGGAAGGCGGGGCGGCGGGUAACAAGACACGGAAGAAGCGUUACGCUGAGCACAAAAGCUACCGUGGGGAAUACUCUGUGUGUGACAGCGAGAGCAUGUGGGUAACGGAUAAAACCCAAGCAGUGGACACCAGGGGGUCCCCCGUUACUGUUCUGGCCAAUAUUAGAAGCAUUACCACGCAGGACAUCAAACAGUACUUUUACGAGACACGCUGUCGGACCCCGAGGCCCUUCAAGGGCGGCUGUAGGGGUAUCGACGACAAAAACUGGAACUCGCAGUGCAAAACGACGCAGACGUACGUUCGAGCGCUGACGCAGGAUGGCGUUAAGGUGGCCUGGAGGUGGAUACGCAUAGACACCUCCUGUGUCUGCGCGUUGUCAAGGAAACGUCAUAGGACGUAAACAAGCCCUGCUGGGGAGUACCUGUUUGGAAUUCUACUUCCUAUAUAGGAAUUAGUUUCCUGUCCUCAAUGCUCUCUACCACAGGAUUAUGUGUCACGGUGGUGAGGAGCAACAUUCUGCUAUAAAACGACACUUCUACUGAAGACAUCCCGGGUCCAUUUAAAUGAUAUUUCACAUUAAUGUGCUGCAGAUCCACAAACCGGUGCAGCACCGCUGUUAUGGAAGAACUUGCUUGAGAGGGGCAGGGAGGGAGGGCAUGAGUGUGUGAGGAAGAACUGUACAUAUAAAUUAUUUAAAUUAUAUGAAAUGCAUGUAGUUUAUACAUGUUAAUCUAUAUAUAUAUAUAUGACAUAUGAAUAUAUUUGUGUUAUUUAUUGAAAGAAGUCUUCUUCAAAAGGAAAAAAAUGUCUACAAAAAAGGAAUGAAACAAGCUAUGAACUCAUUUUGAGACUAUACAGAGCUGAGCUGCAAAGGUGCUUCACAGUAAGACUUUACAUGUGCCUUGACCAGUGUGGCUGCAGAGCAGAGAGAUAGGACAUGGUAACUCACAGACAGCAGUUGCCGCAAAUAUUUUUGGAGGUGAACCUGAGAAGUGACAGAGCUGUGCGGACCUGUUCUGUCCUGCAGUUCAAUGUGGGGCCCGAAUUCUCAGCAAGAAUGAGACAGAAAACUAUAUCAGAAGGUAGAGAGUUCAGAUCUGAGAUUUGAGACCAAACUUAAGCAUUUACACAGCAAUCACGAUUGACUGUACUGUUAUUUUAUAAUACACUUCACAUUCAUUCAUUCAUUCCACUCGGGGACGAUUUGACAAAAUAAAAAUUACUCUUGUGGAAUCUGCUGGCAGUGACAGAUUCAAGAAAAGCCAACUGUUUGGUUUUCCUCAGGCUGCCUCACUGCUGUUGAUCACAUUUUAAUCUCCACUGGUAUCAUGAUCUGUUUUUGUUUCUUCCUAUUAAUAAAAACAUAUAUUUUUUAAAGCUGGAAACACCUCAUUAACAUAUACCAAUUUCAGUUUUUGAAAGAAAAACAAAUACUAUGAUGACAAAGAUUAUGUAGGUGAUACCAUAUUCCAUACUGCAGUCCUCCUUCACAAUAUGUUUUGACCACUUUGCACUGGUGGUUACUUAUCAUCAACUCUAAGAUGGAGAAUGUAGGAUAAUGGCUGAUAAAUUUUCAAAAAGGACUUUUUCAGAGUAUUAGUUGUACGGCAGUAGCCACUGCAGAAGUCCCUCAGUCUGCUUCUGUUGUGCUACAGAAGAGAGGUGGGUUUAUUUAUGAGCCUUGCUGACGUGUAUUAAACGUGAAUCUUUAAAA